AGCGCCACAUCUAAAUGACAGUGAAUGCAUGGAAUUUACUGACUGAUGAGAAGUUGCGUGAGAACACCAACGCAGGAAACGAAUCAAUAAAAUACGCAUAAUUUAGCUAGCUACAACAUUUAUUUAUAUCUACCAAAAAAAAGCAACAAUGAUGAACGGAGAGAUUAACGGUUUUCACAACUCCCUUAUCGACGAGGACUGCUUCCUAUUCACCUCGGAGUCAGUUGGAGAAGGACACCCUGAUAAGAUUUGUGACCAGAUCAGUGAUGCUGUGCUUGACGCCCAUCUCAAGCAGGAUCCUGAUGCUAAAGUUGCUUGUGAGACUGUUGCUAAGACUGGGAUGAUCCUGCUGGCAGGUGAGGUGACGUCGCUUGCUACAGUGGACUAUCAGAAGGUGGUUCGCGACACCAUCCGCCACAUUGGAUACGAUGACUCCUCUAAAGGUUUUGACUAUAAGACCUGCAAUGUGCUGGUGGCCCUAGAGCAGCAAUCUCCAGACAUUGCCCAGGGUGUUCACAUUGACCGCAAUGAGGAGGAUGUUGGGGCAGGGGACCAGGGCCUGAUGUUUGGUUAUGCCACUGAUGAGACGGAGGAGUGCAUGCCCCUCACCAUUAUGCUUGCCCACAAGCUCAACGCUAAGAUGGCUGAACUGCGUCGCAAUGGCGCCCUGCCCUGGCUCCGGCCUGACUCCAAGACCCAGGUGACCGUUCAGUACCGCCAAGACCGUGGCGCCAUGUUGCCGGUGCGUGUCCACACCAUUGUGGUCUCCGUGCAGCAUGAUGAGCACAUCUGCUUGGACGAGAUGCGUGACGCUCUCAAGGAGAAGAUCGUCAAGGCUGUGGUGCCCUGCAUUUACCUGGAUGAUGACACCAUUUACCACAUGCAGCCCAGCGGGCGCUUCGUCAUCGGAGGCCCACAGGGUGACGCUGGCCUGACGGGCCGUAAGAUCAUUGUUGAUACUUAUGGAGGCUGGGGUGCCCAUGGUGGAGGAGCCUUCUCAGGGAAGGACUACACUAAGGUGGACCGCUCUGCUGCCUAUGCUGCCCGCUGGGUGGCCAAGUCUCUGGUGAAGGCUGAGCUGUGCAAGCGGGUCCUUGUCCAGGUUGCCUAUGCCAUCGGAGUAGCCCAUCCCCUCUCAAUCUCCAUAUUCCACUACGGCACAUCUCAGAAGAGUGAGCGGGAGCUACUGGACAUCGUCAAGAGAAACUUUGACCUUCGUCCUGGUGUCAUUGUCAGGGAGCUGGAGCUGAAGAAGCCUAUGUAUCAGAGGACCGCUGCCUACGGCCACUUUGGCCGGGACUCCUUCCCAUGGGAGAUGCCCAAAAAGCUAAAAUACUAAACUUGUGAAGCCUUUUCCCCCCAGGCCUGUUGGUGUAUACUACAGAGAAGCCUACAUGGUCUUGGGGGUGAAAGGCCCUUAAUUCUCUUCCCUAAUGGGGUAUUAGAACCCUACCCCCUUUCUACUUCCUCUCUCCAGUCAUCUGUACUGUAUUUUUGCUGUUAGUAGUCAAUGUAAUACUACCAACAUUCUCAAAAUAUUUCAGGAAAGUAAUGUUGAGAGGUUAAUGUUAGCUAGCUAAUCUCUUCCACCAGCCGUCUCGCUCUACUGACUCAUCUGGUUUCACAGCGCAUCAGAAAGGGACUUGAAUGGAGGCUAUGGCAGAUGCAGAAAACUUCUGAUUCUAAUUUGCUGAUCUGUCCACCUAGAACACAACACUUAGAACCUCUUUCCCCCCCUACAUUGUGGACUUAAGUGUGAACAGUACAUGUGAUUAUAAUUGUUUUUAACAAUUAAGUUAGGAAAAUCUGAAAGUACGUAUUGGGGUUUUACGACUAUUACAAUAUUGAAUAUGAUUGACGGCUGUCGUUGAUGGUGAUAUUGUGACGUGACCGUGGACUAGCCUAUUUCAACUUGACUGGCAUCACGCUGUAAAGAGCUGGUCAGGCAAGGACAUUCCAAGUGGCCUAUUCCUUUGCUCUAGCCUGCAUAACCUAUUUCAAUAAAUGUAAUAAGCAACUUACUGAAUGCAAGAGCACAAUUUAGACGGGGCUACAGACGUAGUUUCUUCUCCGCACGGAGUUUGGAUACCUCACCGAUUUCUAGAACGCAUUCUAACGGGAAGGUAGCUGGAUUAAAUCCCUGUGCUGGCAAGGUAAAAAUCUGUUCUGCCCCUGAGCAAGGCAGUUAACACACUGUUCCCCGGGCGCGACAACUUGGAUGUUGAUUAUGCCCCGCACCUCUCUGAUUUUGGUUAAAUGCGGAGGACUCUUCAGUUGUACUAGGUAUCCCCCUUUCCUUUAAUUGGUCCCAGAAGCCAAUGGGUUGGUCCAGAGCCAGAACACCUGGGUAACGAACUGAAUUUGAUAUUCUGAUUUGGUUAGGGAUGAUCUAAUCAGACUUUUUUUUUUUGUUGUACAACACCCCUAUUUUUAAUUUUUUUAGGAAUUUUAUCCCCUUUCUCUCACCAAUUUUGUGGAAUCCAAUUGUUAAUAUCUUGUCUCAUCGCUACAACUCCCAUACGGGCUCGGGAGAGACGAAGGUCGAGCCAUGCGUCCUCCGAAACACAACCCAACCAAGCCGUACAGCUUCUUAACACAGCGCGCAUCCAACCCGGAAGCCAGCCGCACCAAUGUGUCGGAGGGAACACUGCACCUGGCGACCUGGUCAGUGUGCACUGCGCCCUGCCUGACACAGGAGUCGCUAAUGCGAGAUGAGACAAGGAAAUCCCUACCAAACCGUCCCUAACCCGGCCGACGCUAGGCCAAUUGUGCAUCGCCCCAUGGACCUCCCGGUCGCAGCCGGCUGCGACAGAGCCUGGGCUCGGACCCAGAGUCUCUGAUGGCACAGCUAGCAGUGCCUUAGACCACUGCGCCACCCGGGAGGCCUCUACACUCUAUUUUGAGGUCACCAAAAACUAACAUUAAUUUGAUAUUUUCUCUACCUUUUCAUAUGAAUUCAGUUUUUAUGCGAGCUGGUUUUCUCCCGCUACUACUUCAAUGAAUUUAUUUUACGGUGCUCAAGGCUCUCAAAGUUAAGGUGUUUUUGAAUUACCUAAACAUGAUUGGUUUAAGGUAAUGAGGUAGAACAAACGAUAGUAAAAUUGAAUCAGUAGUUUUGAACAUGCCUUAGUUGCGAAGCUUGCCUUUGCAGGCCAUUUUUAAUUAGUAUGCUUAUCAAAAGCAUUAAGACAAGUUAGUUAUGAAGCGUAUUUCUCAUAGGCUAUUCUAAUAGUGUUUAGUGUUUUAAAAUUGCAGCUUUCAAAUGGGAACUAUUGUUAACGUCAGUCUAUAGAUUCUCUAUCCACCUUGGGGCGACAGGUAGCCUAGUGGUUAGAGCGUUAGGCCUGUAACCGGAUGUUGCUAGAUUGAAUCCCAGAGCUGACCAGGUCAAAAAAUCUGUCAUUCUGCCCCUGAACAAGGCAGUUAACCCACUAUUCCUAGGCUGUCAUUGUAAAUAAGCAUUUGUUCAUAACUGACUUGCCUAGUUAAAUAAAUAAAAAUAUCACAGCUUUAGUUUGAUCUAAUACAGCUGUAGCAGUCUCGCUCCCUUUACUGCCCCGAUUUCUAAGCUACACCCCAUUCAAGUCCCACUUUGUUGUACAGUGUUACUAGGCUCUUUAUGCGGUUAGCCAAGUCUUCCUCUUCCAUUGAGGUCUUUCGCACUACAACGCUUAGCCCCUGCCCAGCAUGACUGAGGAACUGUACAUUCUGUAGUUUGGUUAUUCGGGCUUAGCUGUCCUUUCAAAUAUUUUGCUGACCUACCAAGGCUACAUGUUGCGAUCAUAUUAAUUUACUGGUGCUACUGAAUGAAGGCCCCCAGCCCCUUAAUCAUUUUCCUUUGGUUGACACUACUUUCUGGUUUUGUGACCCACCCCAAAAUCCUUUUUGAAGCUUUAUUUCACUCCCCUUAUCAUUUGUUGAGGAUGCAAGUUAAGGGUCAGUAGUUGUUGCUAUGCGUUGCAGGCUGAGAACCGAGACAAUCUUGAUUUAUUUUCAAGUAACUUUCUUGAAUAUACGCAGUCAAAUCUGGGAUGCCCCUGCAGAUGUCUGUGCUGUUCUGAUGUAAUACAGAAAAGUCAGAAGCUGCUAUGUCACUGCUAUGGCCUGUAGGGGUGUUGAUUAUACUUGAUUGUUUAAAACAUGUUGUCAUUGGCAUGUCAUGUUAAACUCCUUCAAAAGGUAGUUUAAUUUCAUAUUGUUUUGCUUUUUUUACAAAAUGGUUUGUCAAGGCUCUUCCUUGGGUAUUGAGGGCAGGUGUAGCUACAGAGAAACCACCCUCUUUAUCCUGAAGGAAGGCUGUCUUUGCUACAAUGAAGAGCUCUUAAUACUGGCACAACGUUUUUAAAAAAUAUUUAUUUGUUCUCUGAAUCUUGGUGUGGAUACAGAGAAGCCAAGGAUUCAGAAGGCAGCUUAAACCCCAGAGGGUUUUUAUUUUUAUUUUUUAUCUCACAUUGACUUUCCUGAAUGCUGUAACAUUUUCAAUGGUUCCAAAGUGUCCUACAGAAAAGCUUUGGUCUGCCUCCACGGAACUGUCACUGGCUGAUGUGAUGAGUAUUUUGGACUGCGGUUGUAUGGGGUGAGAUUGUAUUGACUAUACAUGUGUGGUCAAUGCAAUGAGGCCAUUCUUAGUCCCCCCUUAUCCUUGCAUAAAGAGAUGGCAGCGUUUGGCUGGUGUGGUACAGAGAAACCAGCCUCGUUUACAAGCUGUCACUUGUUUGUAUGGAUAGGGUUUCCCUCUGUGCUUUUCAUUAUUUUGACACUGGCUAGUCUUCUGGCUACUGAGUGUAAGAGUGCCUCCCCCUUGUACUUUCUCCCCUCCUGCUCUUCAUCAACAUAGGUCUGACAUCCUGAGGAACAGGGAUCUUGUCUCAAUGCUUCUGUCUUCAGAGGUUAGAUACUGAUUUCUCAUGUCAAAGAUCUGUAAUAAAUGUCUGCUUUCCUUCAUGAA